CAACUCUCUUUCACAGCUCCAUGGCCGAUCGCUCAUAGCCGCUAUUCCCACAGACGGGAAACCCUGAUCACACUGCGACAUAUACGCGUUCGAAGCAGCCACAGCGCAGAGGACCUCCGGUGACGUCGGCGCGAACGCCCUUUCCUUAGUGCUUGAGACACUCGAUCCACUUUUCCAAACCCCCACCGCCCGGCAGGACAGACGGCAGGACAUACAUGGCCGUGACCUCUACUCACCAGCUGCAGAGCAUUCCGCACUUGACCCCUCCAAGCAGCUCUCACGGUGGUGGUGGAAUGUGGGACCUAGCUGUGCCUCUGAGCGAGAUGAAACAGCCCUACGGUGACCACAUACCCGACGACGAGCCUCCUACCCAACAACUUUCUUCGCGUCAACCACUCAACUCACGCCAGAAUGGCAGCCACCAUGCGUCUCCGUCCGACACACUGGAUCCCCGGCCGUUCCGAGGGGAAGACGGAACACAUCUCCAACGAAAUCACCCGCAUGAGACGCACACCAAGGAGAACGACUUCGCCGCCAAUGGAGAUGAUUUCGACGGUGUGCUGGCUCCAGAAGUCGGUAAACCGAGAAGUCGAAACACGUCGCAAACGCGGCAGAAGAGAGACAGAAAGAGGAAGGACCCGGCAGGCGGGCAACUGGACGAAAUUGAAAAGAACAACGAUUACUGGAUACACCGAGACAAGCUCAAAGAAAUCGAGAGCCGGGAGCUGAUCGAGGCUGGACUCCGAGUGGGUCGUGCAAGUCGCUCAAAUAGCAGGUCUCAAAGCGCAUCACGCGCUGCCCGAAGCCGGAAGGACUCUGAAGUUACGGAUCCUAUGAACAGCGGAGAUGAUCAGCCUGGACAUCGUAGGAUGGUUUCUCCUGUGCUGGCCGAAGCUGAGGAAGGCAUUGCCGAAGACAAUACGCAUUGGGAUCUUCGAACUCCUGAGGAAAUCGCAGCAGAAAGGGAGGCAAUAUUCGCUACGCGGACUACACAUCUUGUGCGGCCUAGUACCUCCCGAAUACCUAUCGCAAAAACCAGUCCUGCACCGGUACCCACCACAUUUGUCGAGAGGGAUGCGCCACUUCCCAGAUCACGUAAGGGCAGCGCCAAUUUGACUGGAGACGCGAUAGCAGCCAAUGGUGCCCGAGUCAGGAGUGGAAGUGUAUCCAGCCAAGUUCUGCUGGAUGAUUUUAAGCCGUCGAGACCGUCUGAGGAGAUUCUGCGCGCGCAACAGAACGCCAGCACUCCCACUUCUCCAGCCCCAUCGUCUCCAACCAAGGCAAAGACUCCUGCUAAACCGACACCCGUGUCGGGUGCACGGAAGGCGAGCGCGCAAAAGUCAACACCGCAGACUAAACAACGUACCACGUCCGCAACUUCUUCGGGCAAACGUCCCGGGACCAGUGGUGGUAUGCCUCGACCUACAACGAGUCACAACAGACCAGAGGGCGAAGCUCCUUGGAUAGCGACCAUGUACAAACCUGAUCCGAUGCUUCCCCCAGACCAGCAAAUCAUCCCUACACACGCAAAGCGGAUGCAGCAAGAACAAUGGGAAACAGAAGGGAAAACAGGUACUAUCUACGAUCGCGACUUCCGCCUCCUGAACGCCCAAGAAAUCAAGGACAAACGCGCCUCUCAAAUCCAACCUCUCGAUCUCAAAGACCUCAAACAGCUCCAGGAUGACCAGCAAUGGCCCCUCCCCAGCCCCACAAAGACCACUGCACCACCAGCGCCAGAAAGUAUCGAUACCAAUGUCAGGUCCCCGACGAACGAAGGCGGGAACUACAAACUCACUCCUACGAUUCCCCAGAGUCCCCGCGCGCCAUCUCGCGCCGCGUCGCGUACUGAUGUGCGUCCUGGGACGUCGGGCAUGGCGCCGAAGCCGACGGAUGUGAUUCGGUUGCCAGAACCCCCUACCGACGGGGAAAAGAAGAAGAAGAGGUGUAUGUGUAUUGUGAUGUGAUGGACAACCAUCGAUAUGUUCUUCGUUCGAUCCUUGAUCACUUGUCUCUAUUCUCGUUCCAAGCGUGGAUCAUUGUAUAGACGCCUGCGACCUGUUUCUGAUUUCUUAUGUUAUGGCGUUUUCCGGUGCCGUAAGAAAGCGGGAUUCUUUCUUUUGUAUUCCCUGAGGGUUUCAUCGCGUACGUGCGGGUGUCUUUGCCAAUUAUACCACUUUCCUAGUCGUCUAUUUCCUUUCCUAGCAUUGGUUUCUCUGAUUUUGUGCAUUGCCACUUUGCUUCCAUUCGAUUCGUAAUACGGCGAGGAGUUCACAGAGGAGGGACGCUGAACUGAGUGCAGUCGAAAGUCUGUGAUUUACCUUGAUGGAUGGCAUUGCUGAAGAGGCGGAGUACAAAGAGGCCGGUCCUACACAAUUCGAAGCUGAGAGGAGCAGAGUCGUAGAGGGGAA